AUGAUCAAUUCAACAAACAAUAUUUCUUCGACAGAUUCUCAACGAAAAAUCUCACUGAUUAUUGGAAUUGGUGAUUAUGCCAGAGGACAAUCUCUGAAAAAUACGAAAAAUGAUGCGAAACAAAUGUCUUCUUUAUUAAAAACACUUGGAUUUGAAAUUCAUGGUGGAAAAGCACAAUUAGACUUGAAAUGUCAAGAAAUGGAACACAUUUUACUUGAUUUUCAAUAUUCGAUUAAGAAAGGAGAUAUGGUUUUGUUUUAUUUUUCUGGUCAUGGACUUCAAUGGGAGAAUCAAAAUUAUUUAAUUCCAAGUGAUAAUUUUAAUGAAGAUCAAGGUGAUUUAUGCGGUUCUGAUUUAGCAAAAUAUGCAAUUCAUGCACAAAGUUUUCUCAAUAAAAUUGAAAAUCGAGAACCAUUUGUAACAUUAUUUUUCUUGGAUUGUUGUCGAACUUACCAUCUAAGAAAUGAAAAUUUAACAAAAUCAACACGAGGUACUUUAUUAGAACGUUCACAUGGACUAAAAGCAAUGGAUUCGCAGAAGGCGGGGACGUUAAUUGCAUUUGCUUGUGCACCUGGAACAACAGCAGAUGAUGGAAAUAAUGAAGAAGAAAAUGGUUUAUAUACAAAACAUCUUUUAAGACAUCUGCGAACACCAAAUGAAGAUAUUGAAAUACUUCUACGCCGUGUUGGAAAUGAUGUGACAACUGAAUCAAAUGGACAACAAAUUCCAUAUGUGACUUCGGCUCUAAGACUCGAUCAUAUUUGUUUAUUUCAAGGAAAAAGAGAAACUGAUUUGAAAAAAUGGAAACAAAACGCACAAACUGUAGCAGGAGGAAAUGGAGAUGGAAAGCAAUUAAAUCAACUUUCAAAUCCUCAUGGAAUUUUCCUUGACAAGAAACAAAAUAUUUUCGUUGUGGAUUUUUCUAAUCAUCGAAUUAUGAAAUGGAACAAAAACGAUCAACAAGGACAAAUUCUUGCAGGUGGAAAUGAACAAGGGAAAAGAAUUGAUCAAUUGAAUCAUCCAAAAGAUAUGAUUGUUGACAAACAAAAUCAUUCGUUGAUCAUUGCUGAUAUGGGAAAUAGAAGAAUAAUUCAAUGGAAAAAUCAAAAUCAACAAGAAAUUCUCAUUGAUAAUGUUGGAUAUUGUGAAAAUCAUCGAGUGAUGAAAUGGAGAAAAGACGCACAGGAAGGAAUUAUUGUUGCAGGUGGAAAUGGUCAAGGAAAUCGUCUUAAUCAAUUGAAUUCUCCUCAAGGAAUCUUUGUCGAUGAUUUGAAUCAAAUUUAUAUUGCAGAUUGUGGAAAUGAUCGAAUUAUGCGUUGGCGUGAAGGAGAUAAGAAUGGUGAAAUCAUCGUUGGAAUAAAUUAUGGACAAACAGAAUGUUUAAAUCAAUUACAUUCACCUACGGAUAUAUCGUUCGAUGUUCAAGGAAAUCUUUAUGUUGCUGAUUACGGAAAUCAUCGAAUUCAAAGAUUCGAUUUGAAUUGUGAAUAA